AUGGGGUUGCCCGGCCUGGACCAGCCGGUCAUGCUGCACUCGUCCCGGAUGGACAUGUGUAAGCUCACGCCUGAACAGUGCGCGUAUAGGGGAAGAAAAUGGGUGUAUUGGUAUAAAGAUGAUUACUAUUUCGGACAUGGCACUGUAUACUUCAUCGUCGUCCUGAUAGCGCUCUUUGCAGCCGCACAUCUCGCUCGCUUGGCUCAUCAAUCGCGCGGGAUAAAGUCGGGGAAGAGUAUCGUUUCCAGCAGGUUUCUGAGCAGGCCUCUGGCCAUCUUUCGGUUUUUCUCGUAUCGUUCGUUCGCGAUCAAGUCGCUGGGAUGGUACUCGCCAACCUUAGGCGUCAUAUUGAUCGGCUGUGCGGCGUGGGUCUAUUUUGGAAUCCUCACACUGGGCCCAAAGCCAUACUACUGGCCGAAUACCGCGACAGUAAACUAUGGCAGCUCGCCUCCGAUCGCAACUCGCUCCGGCUUCAUGGCGCUGGCAUUGUUGCCGUUUACUGUAUUCCUGGCUGCAAAGUGGAACUUCAUCACCAUUGUGACGGGCAUCUCCCACGAACGAUUGCAGGUCUUCCAUCGGUGGACUGCCUGGCUGAUGUUUACCCUCUCUCUGAUACAUACUUUUCCAUUCAUUGUGUACCAUAUACACAAGGGUGACAUGGUUCACCAAUGGAAGACACAGGUCUUCUACUGGACUGGCGUGGCGGCGAUUAUCCCCCAAGCCUGGCUGACUUGCAUGUCGAUUGGGCCUAUCAGGAACCGGUUCUAUGAGACCUUCAAGGCGUUCCACUAUGUGGCCGCAGCUCUGUUUAUUGUUUUCCUGUUUAUCCAUUGCGACUUCCGCCUGACCUCCUGGGACUACUUUAUCGCAUUGGUUAUCGUAUACGGCCUAUCACUCUGUGGAGGAGCGAUCAAGGCGUACGUGCUGAAUGGGUUCCAACAUCGAGCUGCACUCGAGAUUCAGGCCGAUGGGACAGUCAAGAUGAGUAUCUUGACUCACAUCUCCUGGCGACCGGGCCAGCAUAUGUUCGUGCGCUUCGUCGGUAAUUCUUUGGGGUUUCAGCAUUCUCUCGCCACCCAUCCUUUCUCGAUCAGCUCUCUUCCGUACGAGGGUAAGAUUGGCACCGGAAUCAACCAACUUGUCUUCUAUGUGAAGCCCCACGGAGGCAUCACCCGACGGAUGCAAGCAUUUGCGAAAGAGAGAGGGGGACAGACCAUUCCCGUGCUUCUGGACGGUCCGUAUGGAGGGAUCGAUUCAACGGCCUUUGACACAUUUGAGCGUUUUUACUUCAUUGCUGGCGGAUCUGGUGGAAGCACUAUCCUACCGCUCCUGGGGAGUCUGGUACGCAAAGCUGCUCGCCAGCAGCUCUUGACCAAAGAGGCAGGAUCAGCGGAGUCACUGAAAUCACUCGACGUGCAGAUUUUAUGGGCCGUGAAAUCGCAGGAAUCCAUUGGCUGGUUCCGGGAAGCAGUCUCAACUAUUCUGUCCGAGCCCUUUCCCGGUUCCUUGCGUAUCUCCGUCCAUGUCACUCAGACUGCCCUAAACCCGCAAGCCCAAGGAGACGCUGCGGAGUCAACAAAGUCAAUAAACGUCAGCGAUGAAAGCUUGCCACAGACAGACGAUCUUCUCUCGGUGCAGUUGACCGGCAAGCGGCCAGAUCUUCCUGCACUGAUCCGGGCCGCUACUACAGAGGAUACGCGUCCGCUCGCUAUUGCCGCCUGCGGCCCAGCAUCCAUGUUGCUCGAUGUUAGAAACGCGGCGGCACAGGCACAGGUCGCCAUCAUUGCUGACCGACCAAAUACAGCCAGCCGGGUCUGGCUGCACACUGAGAAUUUCUCGUGA